GCGGGCGGGCGGCGGGAGGGAGGGAGGGAGGGAAGGCGGCGGGGUCGGUGUCUCCGGUGCCAUGGAGGCCCCCGGGAAAGGCGCCUUCGUCCUCGGCAACCUGGCCGAGGUGGUGGAGCGCGUCCUGGGCUUCCUGCCCACCAAAGCGUUGCUGCGCGCCGCUUGCGUGUGCCGGCUCUGGCGGGAGUGCGCCCGGCGGAUCCUGCGGGCUCAGCAGAGGGUGGCCUGGGUGGCGGCGCUGGAGCCGGGCCCUGCCGAUAGCCACGCACUGCUCCGCGCCCUGGCCCGCGAACUGGAGCAGGUGCAGGUGCUGCCCCAGACCGUGCUCUACAUCGCGGACGCGGGGACCUUCAGGGGACACGAGGAGUGCCACGAGCAGAAGAGAGCCAGGAAAAGAAAUGGCAAUGAAACAGCCCUUGCACUUGAGAAGCUGCUGCCCAAGAGGUGCCAGGUUCUGGGGCUUGUCACACCUGGGAUUGUAGUUACCCCCAUGGGCUCCAGCAGCAAUCAGCCUCAGGAAAUUGAAGAGGGGGAAGCUGGGUUUGCUCUCUUGUUUCCCAAGAUCGAUGGGGUGAAAAUCCAUACCUUCCAUUUUUCUAAAGACUUGAAGACCAGGGUCUUUGAUGAAAGCAAGUUUGCAGAAGCAGGUCUGAAGAAUAACCCAGAUCUCCGGGUGGUUCUUCUGUUUGGCUACAACUCCUGGAAGCCUGGAGCAACUCGAUUUCUUCAUCAAAUAGUCAAUCCCUUGAAUGAGAAAAGCAUCAUCCUUGCUGGGGGACAAGUGGAGAGCUUUACAUCACUGAUCUCUGAGAAUACCAGUGCCCAGCCCGGGGAUGCCUGUGGGGUGGUUGGCCUGGCUUUCAGUGGGCCCCAGAUCCAGAGUGCCACGGUCCUGCUGGACCAGGACGUGGCCGACGAGCGGACAGCGGAAGCCGCCAUGCAGCGCCUCAAGGCCGCAAACAUCCCCGAGCACAACACCCUGGGCUUCAUGUUUGCCUGUGUUGGCAGGGGGUACAGGCACUACAAAACCAAAAGGAACAUGGAAGCUGAUGCCUUCAGGAAGUUCUUCCCCAACGUUCCCCUCUUUGGCUUUUUUGGACACGGGGAAAUAGGGUGUGAUCGGAUAGUGACCGGGAAUUUUGUGCUCAGGGAGUGCAACGACAUCAAGGAUGACCUGCUCCACGGGUACACUACUGUAAUGACUCUUGUUCAUCUUGGUUCAGCUAAAGCAAACCAGCUCUAAAUAUGCUUCUAACCCUGCAGUUUGUUUCGUUCCAGAAAGCUGAGGAGGCUGGGAGAGUGGACAUCUUGCAGUCAGAGCCCCUUCCAAAACGUAAAGAUGAUUUUGGUAAUCUUAGAGAAACGUUGUAGUUGCCAUAGAGUUUAAUAUAAUAGCUGUCAGCAAGCUUUGCAUUUUGUGUCAUCCAUCCCCUGUACACGUCAGAAUUGCAGGUAGAUGAUUUUUGGUGGAAUUCUGCAGUUGAAGAAAGCCUCUUUCUUCCCAAAUGAGAAUGGUUUCCACAAAUACCACCAUGUAGAAAGAAACGUUCCUCUGAUGUGCUCUGUAUGGAUGUAAAUCAGUCUAGAAAAACUACUGCUGCAGACUGAAACGAGGCACAAAAUCCACCUUUUCCUGGCUUUUAUUUUAAGAGAUUCACAACCUGCACAGCCCCGAGUCCUGUUUACAGAACUGAAUGGUUUUAUUAGAUAAAAUUAAUGAAAGCUUUAGAGAAAAUAACAAAGUUCUUAUUAAAUAAAGAUUAAAGUAGGUAAAAGUACCUUGCCUUCUAUUAUUAGAGGAAGAGCUCUGGUUUAAAGGGGUGGUGUCUAGUUAUAAGCACAGUUUGUCUCAGCAUCUUGAACUGCAUUUCAGCUGUCUGAAGUACCUGGUUUAGAACAAUACCUGAUACUUGGUGUGUACCAGCAAUUUCACUCUUUGUGUAUCAUAAGUUUGCACAAUUAAAAUGCACUGGUAGCCUUUUAGACUCCCUUGUAGCAUGGUGCUCUCUAUUAUAAACCUUUAAAUCCAGAGUGCUAAAAAUUAAGACUACCUUGUGUCUUUACCCUCCUUUAAAAAGCUUUUUCCUUUUUAGUUUGACAUUAGGGAGGAAGGAAGAUCUGGUGAUGUUCUGUGUACACAGAGCCUUUACACAAGACCUGUGCUUUUGCAUGGUUCUCCUGUGCUUUGCCAUCAGCCCCUGUUCUGAUUGCUGCAGCUGGAAAGCAGUAUUGCAGAGUUCAAGUAAGUAAAUUCAGCAAAGGUUCAGUAUAGCUAACAAUAUAGUCACUCCCUUUUAAAUUAUUUCCUCCCUUUCACUUAAUAAUAGAAUGACAAGAAAAUAAGAUGAAUUUUCCACCAUUUCACCACAUUUCUGAGUGCUGAGUCGAGCUGGGGACCCAUUUUCAGAAAACACUUUGAAUGAUGUACAACAAAAUAAGAGUGUUUUGCUUUAAAUGUACUGACCAGGACUCUGGUUGGCAGGUUUGAGCCUGUAUCUAGUUAAAAUUUUCCUGAACUUGGCCUGAUGAGCUGAGGUGUCUGUCCUGAGAGUUCAGUGGAGGUUUCAGUGGGUGCUGGGACAGGCAGGGCUCUCCUGUGGCUCUGAUUGUUCAGCAGAAGCCAGGAGGAACACCCAGGAGCUGGGUAAGGGUGCA